UUUCUCGUGCAUAAGCAGGCAGCUAUAAGCUGUGAUGUUGCUCAGUCGGGGCAGUUGCACAACAUCGGGCAGGGCGUGGUCGGCAACUGGAGCUGCGUGGCUGCUGGCAGGCGGCUGGCUAAGCUGGGCCGGGGCGUGCAUCGUCACCUGCCUGACCUUCGGCAUAGAGCGCGUGUUCAAGCCCGUGGCUCUACUGGUGGCCAUUGUGUGGGCCGCAGAUGUGCUGGGCCCUGUCGGAGGGCCUGAUGGCGUUCGGCACUCUCAAGGUAGCCGUGUUGCGAGCCCUUCCACAUCGGCGUCUGGCAGCAUCAGCCGCUUCUUGCCGCCUUCCCGCCGUCGGAGCGGCGGGGGAAGCUGGAGCCUGGCGACCACUCUCGGUGCGGCCAUUGGUGGAGGCUUGACCGCCCUUGCCAUCACCGUGGGCUUGGGUCUGGCUAUCGGCGGGGGCGGCAAUGAGGUGUCGCGCAACAGGGACAGCCGCCGCCGCUGCAGCAUGAGUGGCGGCGAGAAUAGCCAGAUGUGCGGCGCGCUGCCCAGCGGUUAAGCACCCUGACAGCCAGAGUGGUGCGAGCACGACGUUACGGGGCGGACGGCAGGCAGGGACGGAGUUCAGUUUGUGCGGAUGCCUGGGGAUUUGGUGGCUCAAACAUGUCGCACAGACCGUGUCGAUUGUCAAGCUGUGCUAUGGCCUAAUCGCCUGUUGCUACAGAUAGAGGCCUUCGUCUGAUACGGGCUUGCGUGGUUGCUGUUACUCGGCAACGUGCCUGAUGGCGGCUAAUUGCUGGUUCACUUCCCUUUGUUCCUGAGAGGCCACGCAUGUGGUGCGCCAUGAUUGGAGUACAGGAGUUGCGGCGACGGUGUAUGCCAGCAGACAGUGGCGGCGAUGGUUAGUCCGGGUGCAGCGACCGGUGCCGUCACCGCGUUUGCCGUGGUGCCGUGUUGGAGUGUGUCCGUAGUGCCGUGCUGGAGAUUCGGUUGUCGACGUGCUUGAAAUAACGCAACAUGCACAAGCGAACAUGACGUUGUAGAGCCGAGGCCGUUGUAUCAUGGCAUCGAAGCUGCUUUGCCACCCGCUCUAGUGCUGCUGGUGGACGUAAGUGUUUGGCUCCGCCGCCUCUGCCCACGUGUACGACACCUCA